AUUUCCACAAGUUUAUAGGCCGCUUCUUAUUCUCUGCUCCUUUAAUUUUAACUGCGUCCUCCGCCGCAAUCACCAUGAGAGCUUCUGCCACUUCUUCUUCUUCGUCGUAUUUCUUCUCUGUUUCUCAAGACCCGAAUUCCCGCUCUUUUAAACUUGUUAAUUACUCUCUCUUUCACACCCGCUCACGUUUGUCUCCCUUUUUCAAGUCCCUCAAAUGCAUUCAAUCCCCACUUCCCGACCCGGUUCACCAUCCCCGGAGCUCCAAUGAUUAUCCAUUUAUAAGCUCCGCCGUAACGCUGUCCCCUUCUGAAACCGCCGAUUCUUUGCCAUUUAGACUUCAAAAUCUUACCUUGGAGUUCCAGUCCAUUACGGAACCCGUUGAACGGGUUAAGCGGUUGCUCCGAUACGCCACUCUCCUCCCGACGUUGCAGGAAUCGGUCCGUGUCGACCACAACCGGGUUAUGGGGUGCACGGCGCGGGUAUGGCUUGAGGCCGAGUUGGACGGUGAAGGGAGGAUGCGAUUCGCUGCCGAUAGUGAUUCUGAGAUCACGCGCGGGUUCUGCGCUUGCUUAGUGAUGCUUCUCGAUGGGGCGGCCCCUGAGGAGGUGUUGAGCUUGCGCACGGAGGACUUGGCUGCGCUCAAGGUGGGUCUUCCCGGAGCGGAGAGGUCGAGGGUUAACACGUGGCAGAAUUUGUUGGUGAGUAUGCAGAAGAGGACCAAGGGUUUGGUUGCGAAGCGACAAGGGAGGCCGUCCUUCGAACCAUUUCCUUCGUUGGUGAUCAGUGCAGAUGGGAUUAAGGCCCAGGGCAGCUACGCUGAGGCUCAGGCUAGAUAUCUGUUCCCUGAUGAGUCUAAGGUUGAAGAACUUGUCAAAGUACUGAAGGAGAAGAAAAUUGGCGUUGUUGCACAUUUCUACAUGGACCCCGAAGUCCAAGGUGUCUUAACUGCUGCCAAAAAGCACUGGCCUCACAUCCAUAUAUCUGACUCAUUAGUCAUGGCAGAUAGGGCUGUGGAUAUGGCAAAAGCAGGAUGCCAAUUCGUAAACGUACUGGGUGUUGAUUUUAUGUCAGAAAAUGUGCGUGCCAUCCUUGAUCAGGCUGGCUUCGGAGAGGUUGGCGUGUACAGGAUGUCGAAUGAGCGCAUCGGUUGUACCUUGGCUGAUGCUGCGGCGACCACUGAAUAUAUGAAUUAUCUUGUGGAAGCUUCUGGUUCUUCUCCUUCUUUGCAUGUUAUCUACAUAAAUACUGCAUUAGAUACAAAAGCGUUUGCUCAUGAGAUUGUCCCUACAAUCACAUGUACUUCAUCUAAUGUGGUGCAAACUAUUCUGCAGGCUUUUUCUCAAAUUCCAGAUUUAAACGUAUGGUAUGGACCUGAUUCUUACAUGGGUGCAAAUAUUGCAAACUUAUUCCAACAGAUGGCAAUGAUGACUGACGAAGAAAUUGCCGAGAUACAUCCAAAACAUAAUAGGGACUCAAUUAGGUCUUUGCUACAUCGUCUGCACUAUUAUCAGAAUGGCACAUGCAUUGUCCAUCAUCUUUUUGGCCAUGAAGUUGUGAAGAAGAUUGAGGAUAUGUAUGGUGAUGCAUAUCUUACUGCUCAUCUCGAGGUCCCAGGAGAAAUGUUUUCUUUGGCGAUGGAAGCAAAGAAAAGAGGAAUGGGAGUAGUGGGUUCCACCUCAAACAUAUUGGAUUUCAUAAAAGAUAGAGUUAAAGAAGCCUUAGAUAGAAAUGUGGAUGACCACCUGCAAUUUGUGUUGGGAACAGAAUCAGGAAUGGUGACUUCAAUUGUCGCAGCAGUUCGUGACAUGUUAGGUUCUGCCAGGUCCUCAUCUCGGGGAGCAAACGUUAAUGUCGAAAUUGUUUUCCCAGUGUCAUCAGACUCUAUCACAGGAACCUCCACAAAUUCAUCCCCCACCCUGAAAUCAGUUACAAUGGGUGACCUUGUACUACCUGUUGUACCUGGAGUAGCCAGUGGAGAAGGAUGCUCCAUUCAUGGUGGCUGUGCAUCUUGUCCAUACAUGAAGAUGAACUCACUCAGUUCACUCCUUAAAGUCUGCCACCGCUUGCCCGACAAGCAAAAUAUCAUUUCAGCAUAUAAAGCUGAGAAAUUUAAACUACAAACCCCUAAUGGGAAAUCAGUUGCUGAAGUAGGGUGCGAGCCAAUAUUGCAUAUGAGACACUUUCAGUCUACAAAGGAACUGCCAGAGCAGCUUGUCCAUCAGGUCCUCCAUCUGUCAAAGGAUGUGAAUUCCAUAAGUUAGCAAAUCUGAUUAUCACAAGAUCAAGAUUUCUCUCAAAUGAUAAUUUGUUGACAAUUCCAUUCCGCAAGGGGGUUGUCUCUGUAUACAUAAAAUUCAGGGCUUUCUUCAAAGCUGUGUUGUUGUUCAUGUCAUAGGUUGUUGGCUGUUAAAUUUUUAUCACAGGCGUAUCUUGCAUUAAUAAAAUGCUCGUGGUCGGAAAAUUGUAUCUGGCCUUACAUAGCAUAGCAAGCACUGUCAAUGAAGGUGUGUUACACCUUUUUCUUGAGCAACUUUGCUUGCAGAGAAUAAUCUGAUUUGCUGAAGAAGAGCAUAUGGUCCUCUCUAGUAUAUCAGACCAAGAUGUUCCAGGAUAUCCUUGGUUGAGUAAUUGAAAUGAAAAAUCAUUAAACCA